UUAAAAGUCUGAAAUUUACUUAAUCAUUGCAUUUCAUCCCCUUUUCUCUGUGUUUUCACGGUAGCCUUCUACUUUUGUUAUGGAAAUUGUUUUUCAUUUGACUCCAUAUCUGCUUUUAUGUUUUCCCGGCCAGCUACCGCUGCUUCACUUAACACAAGCUUCUGAAGCCACUAGCCCUUUUGAGGCCAUUUCUAUCUAUUACCAGAUAUUUGCCAAUCCUUCAUCUUCCUUCAUCUUCUCCAGAGGCCCUAACAAUAAAGGAGCAGGCCAUUUUUUUAGUACUAUCCAGUUUUAUAUAUACGUCACUCAAACCCACAAAAAUAACAGGCGAAGGAGAGGAGCACAGAAAACCACCACCACCUUUUUCUUCUUUUCAUUUACUUGCGGGAAAACACAGGAGAGUCUUUGAGCAAGAAAAUGUAUAGCAACGGAGACUCUUCUUCUCCGGAGGACUCCAAUGGCGAAUCAAAUGAAAAGGCUCAGAGAUCGAUCAGAGGAGAAAGUGGCUAAAACGAAAGAGAUGUUGUCGAAGCAAGCAGGUCAAAGCAAACAGAUCUUGUCUAAACAUGCAGACAAGAUUGCCAAACGGGCUGAAGAGCACGAAAGAUUCAUCAACAAGGUGACUUAUUUGUUGAGUGUUCUUGGGUUUGGAACAUUCUGCUUUCUGUUGGGUGCCAGGCCUCAAGGUGUCCCUUAUGCAUAUUGUUUGCUCUCUGUCAUAUUUGUUCCUCUACGGUGGAUUUAUUAUCGAUACAAGAAAUGGCAUUAUUAUCUCUUGGACUUCUGCUACUACGCCAACACACUAUUCUUGGUCAUGCUUCUUUGUUUUCCUAGAAAUGAGAAGUUUUUCAUGAUUUGCUUUUCUUUUGCAGAGGGUCCACUGGCUUGGGCACUGAUUGUGUGGAGAUGCAGCUUAGCCUUUAAUUCUUUCGACAAAAUUGUAAGCGUCUUCAUACAUCUUUUGUCCGAUUGCCCUAUGCUAGGAAAUUGUGCAAUAGACGCGUGAUGAGAAGUGAACUUUCCUUCGUUAGCGCACUGAGGCAAAGCUUGCAGCUCUAUUGAUGGAGACCAAGGAAGAUUCCGAAACUUUAGCUCUCCUUUCUGGACCAAUCAAGGAGGUUCAGAAUAUAGGAAAGCUUCAGCUGAGUCCAUUAAGUGCUCUUUUUAUCACUUGAAUUUCUUCAUUUCCAACCUCCCAUGACUCAAGUACUGAUUUACCUUGACAGCUUUGCUCAAAAAGCAUCCUUUAGUUGAUAUAAACUUCUUUUCCUGCAACUGCUUUAUAAUUUCAUACUACAGACCAGCUUUUAUGUAUUAAUUGUUUUUUGAGGACUUGCAACAACUGAAUGUUGAACAAACAGCUCAAGAAACUUAAGCACAUAAUCAAUAACUAAUAUGUUUCCUUGCUCCAAAUCAUUAUGUUGUCUCAAAAGUUGAGACAAGUCCAAAUCUAUUUGUUUAAGUUUUGUUUUACCUUCUUUUAUGAUAGCCAUGAUAUAAAAAAUGAUGCAGUUUUUCUUAAUGAGUUUGAAGACCAAAUCCGACUUAAAAAUAAAUAGAAAUGGAAUAAAAGAAAUGUAGGAAUCACAUCUAGGUUUUACUACUGUGUUACCAUUAAUUGCUUGAGUCCUGAUGAACUUUGAAUUCGAUAAGUGCAAUUCUAAUAAGUAUUAUUGACGAUUUGGAAUUCCACUUUUGGAGGUCGAAAGUUGGAGUCAAGUUAUGCUCCUAGAAUACCUGCUCUUUUUUUUUAGUGUCUUAUCAGACAAUUUCACAUAAUUAUUUAUCUAAAUGUUGAUGUUUGAAUAGUUUAUCUAGAAAAUUGCAUAAAAAGCGAUUUUUCUGAUAUGAUCUAGAGAACCAUUUCAUGAGUAUUGAACUUUGUCCCUUCUAAGUACCCCAAAGAACCUUACGCCCAGCCUUCUGCAUUUAGAUUGCGUAGAAUUCUAUGAUCCCCAAUUGUUCCUCGUUCUGGAACUGCUCAGAAUCUAGGUAACCUUGGGAAUGACUUUUGGUAAACGUAACAAGUCCCUCAUGAGAGACUGGUAUCAUACAAAAUAUGGAAACCAAUGUUUCAUUUCCAUUCUUUAACCUCCUUAUCAGAAAGAAAUAGAUCCAGCAUGGCAGACUGGUAGAAAAUUGAAAGUUUCAAGGAUCUAAAGGAAAACCAACUCAUAACUAAGGCUCUCAAUCUUAAUUUCUAAGAGCUAUCAUUUGUGUAAAUUUGUCAUCUUUUGUAUUGAAGUUAAUUCUUUCAAAAA